UCAAACUUUUGACGUGGGAAUAAGUUUGAGAUGAAUGUCGAACCGUUACCGAAAAAAUAUCGAAGAAAGAAGAAAAAGACGAAAGACGACUACUUGUUUUUACUUAAAGCAUUUAUUGCAGGUUUUACAUUAUUCGGAGGAGCAAUUUUAGCACUGGUAAUAAAUGUUGUUUGGAAAAAUAAAUGUCUAUAUAUUCCGCAAGAGAUUCAAGGUGGAUCAUCUACUACGGUAGCAGAUAGAGGCGCUUUCAGCCACGGCGCCUUAGUAGCAACUACUAAAGCGCAAUGUGCAAACCCACCAUGUAUUUCAACAACAGCUGCUACACAAAUCAAAACAACGAACGUAUUAAAAGUUGAUUAGUUUAAAGUUACAUGACCUACACUUUUAGAUCUACACGUUAUAUUUUUGUUAUUUACCAAUAUUGGAUUGAAAAAUAUUUAAGCAGCUUGUUUUGUAAUUUUCGUAAUUAUAUAAUUUUGUGAUGCAAAUUGCAAAGAAUAUAUUUAAAUUAUAGAAGUUCUUUCAAAGCAAA